UAUUAUUAGGCUAUUAUAAAUUAAAAAACAAAUAGUAAAAUGUACACACCUUGUCAAUCAUCCUGACGAACUUGUCAUUGAGUCCAACCAUGUCGUCCUUCUCCCUGGAUUUGCCCGACGAGUUGAUCCCGUUUUGGGUCGGGUUGCUUUUGAGCGGUCCCGUGCUGCCCGGGGAGAUGGACUGGCUGCUCGGUUUAGACAUGUUGCAGUUUGUAACGGCGAGGGGAAACCCAGGAACUGAACAGAUGAGCGGCGAAGGUACCUACAGCCCUGCAAAUCACCUGCUUUUAAGGUGGACAAGGACCAUCCGUCACCUCCCCCAAAACUCUGCAUGCGUCCAAUCAAGAGAGGACAAGUAUAAAAUUCCAGGGAAAAAUACAAAAAUAUCUACAUGAAAUACUUGAAUUUUGAGUCUGAACCAGUUUGUCCAGGAGUGAUGGGCACCAGAAGCCAAUGGCACCGCUGGGGGCGGAUUCAUGCGUAAAAAUAACCCAGGUAUAAAACCUACCUGUAUCCAUUACAUCUAUCAGUGACUCUCUAGCCUAAAACGCUCUCUGUCGCUGUCAACUCUCUCUCUCUCUCAUUCAAUCAUGCCUUCGAACAGCGUGUAUGGCGGAGCAGGGGGAAGGGGUUCUAGGGUGUCCGUGGCGAGCCUGGAGGGGCUGCGUAACGUGCUGCGCAACGAGACGGAAAGAGACGCCGCUCCAGCGACACCUGCGGCUGCCGCUCCCGCUCCCGCUCCGGCCGCGCCUGCCGCCACCCCCGCGGACGACAAGCAGACACUUCGGGGUCUGAACGGCCGGCUGUCCGGCUACUUGGACCAGGUGAAACAGCUGGAGAAGGAAAACGGAGAUCUGGAGAAACAGAUUGAUGACAUUUUGGCCAAGAGGAAAACACCCGAGGUGCGCGACUGGGAUGAGGUGGGAAAACCCCUGGAUAACCUCAAGCAGAAGAUCAAAGACAUCACCAAGGACAACGCCAAGCUGCUGCUCAUGAUUGACAACACCAAACUGGCUAAUGACGACUUUAAGAAAAAGCUGGACGAUGAGAAAAAGGCACAGAAGGAAUUGGAAAAAGACCUGAAGGAUCUGAAGAAGACCGCUGAGGAGUCCAAGCUGAACCGCAUGGAGACACAGAAAGAGAUCGAGCUGGUGAAGGAGGAGCUCGCUCUCAUCGAGCAGGAACACAAAGAGGAGGUGGAUGUCCUGCUUGAGAAGAUCAAGAACUCCGAGGUGACCGUGGAGAUCGAGUCAAAGAACUCUAACCUGGCUGAGAUCGUUGACAAGAUCCGCUCCCAGUACGACAACCUCGCCAAGAAGAACCUGAAGGACACCGAGGACUGGUACCAGAACAAGUUUGAAAACAUCAAGGUGGUGGAGGCCCAAAACAACGAAGUCCUGAACUCUGGAAAGUCUGAGCUCAAGGAACUGCAAAAACAGGCCCAAUCUCUGGAUGUUAAGGGCCAGGGUUUGAACAGCAAGAUCCGCAGUCUGGAGGAGGCCCUGAGGAGCACCAAAGUGGAGAACAAUCAGCGUCUGUCCCCCCUCAACCAGCGGAUCCUGAACCUGCAGGUGCAGCUGAAGGAGGUGAGGGACCAGGUGGAGCGCCACGUGGAGAACAACAAGGACCUGAUGUGCGUGAAGAUGAAGCUGGAGGCGGAAAUCAAUAACUACCAGCAACUGAUGCAAGACAUGACCGCCGAUAACGAAAGCCCGGAGUUUUCUAUAGAAGAUGCACUGGACAGCGACCAGCAAAAGCCUGAGGACAAGGUGCCCAAGAAGCAGUAAGAAGUGAAAGAAGAAGCCCAAGAGCAAAAAUUAGAAGGGUUCAUCAUCUUCCUCGUCUUCUCCUUCCUCCUCCUCUUCCGAGUAGGAAGAUGAAAAGCCCAAGAAAGAGGGUGAAGUGGCCAAAUGCCUCUUCUUAAAUUGUUUUUUUUUCUGUCACUCAGCCAAGUAUCAUGUCAAACUGUUCCCUACUGUUUCUACCAAACCUGUUGAGUUACUAAGCAAAUAAAUGUUUGAUUUUGAAAGAA